GGCUCUUGGGUACCAACAACCCCCCAAAUCCUACUAAGCAGCCCCAACAGGGCCUUCACAGGUCUGUGGACAGCCAGUUGAUUGCCAGUUCUGAGGUCAGAAGGGUGUCUGGAGAGGCCAGAGGCUGGCCUGAGCCUGGCUCUGGGGAUCCCCUGCAUCCAGAAGAGCCAACUGACCACCCUGUUCCUUCACCUCCUGCCGGGACCAUGGGGGCUGGGGCCAGUGCUGAGGAGAAGCACUCAAGGGAGCUGGAAAAGAAGCUGAAAGAAGAUGCCGAGAAGGAUGCUCGAACCGUGAAACUGCUGCUUCUGGGUGCCGGUGAGUCCGGGAAGAGUACCAUUGUCAAGCAGAUGAAGAUCAUCCACCAGGAUGGGUACUCGCUGGAAGAGUGCCUCGAGUUCAUUGCCAUCAUAUAUGGCAACACGCUACAGUCCAUCUUGGCCAUCGUGCGCGCCAUGACCACGCUCAAUAUCCAGUAUGGAGACUCUGCGCGCCAGGACGAUGCCCGGAAGCUGAUGCACAUGGCGGACACCAUCGAGGAGGGCACGAUGCCUAAGGAGAUGUCAGACAUCAUCCAGCGGCUGUGGAAGGACUCGGGUAUCCAGGCCUGUUUCGAUCGCGCCUCAGAAUACCAGCUCAACGACUCUGCUGGCUACUACCUCUCGGACCUAGAGCGCCUGGUAACCCCGGGCUACGUGCCCACUGAACAGGACGUGCUGCGCUCGCGUGUCAAGACCACUGGUAUCAUUGAGACGCAGUUCUCCUUCAAGGACCUCAACUUCCGGAUGUUCGAUGUGGGCGGGCAGCGCUCAGAACGCAAGAAGUGGAUCCACUGCUUCGAGGGUGUGACCUGCAUCAUCUUCAUCGCGGCUCUCAGCGCCUACGACAUGGUGCUUGUGGAGGACGACGAAGUGAACCGCAUGCACGAGAGCCUGCACCUAUUCAACAGUAUCUGCAACCACCGCUACUUCGCCACCACGUCCAUCGUGCUCUUCCUCAACAAGAAGGACGUCUUCUCGGAGAAGAUAAAAAAGGCGCACCUCAGCAUUUGCUUUCCGGACUACAAUGGGCCCAACACAUAUGAGGACGCGGGCAAUUACAUCAAGGUGCAAUUCCUCGAGCUCAACAUGAGACGCGACGUGAAGGAGAUCUAUUCCCACAUGACGUGCGCCACCGACACACAGAACGUCAAGUUUGUCUUCGACGCUGUCACCGACAUUAUCAUCAAGGAGAACCUCAAAGACUGCGGCCUCUUCUGAGGUGCCUGGACUCAUGCAUUCCUGAGACCCUGUAGUCCUUGCCGCCUUGUAGCCCCAAUCCGCAUGACCCCUACCAGCCCCCCAGGACUCCUGGGCCCCAGCCUGUGGCCUCACCAGCCACAGAUUCAAAACCCUAAGCCCUGCUAACCUUGAGGGACUUACCCUCCCCCAUGGCUCCCAGGAUUCCCUGGUCUCCCAGAGUCCGGUGCCCCCAGCCACCCCAGCACUGCCCUUCACGGCCUGGCUGCACUGGCCUCCAGGACCCACCACAGCCAGCCCCAGCUAGGAGCAAGCAGUACUUGGGGCAGCUACAGCUCACGGUGACUCAGCAGUACCCCACUGACCAAUCUCCUGCUGCUCUCCUGCCCCAGGAGGCCCGUGAUUCACCUGGUGGGUCUGGGUUCAGCAAACAGCCCUCCCUCCCAGAGUUUCAUGAAGGGCAGGGGGGCAGGAAGGGAACCCUCCUCCAAGCAGGCCUGCUGCUUACCAUCAGCCCAUUCUAGCCUUACCACCUCCAUGUGACAAGUCUGACACCCAUCUGCCCAGUGGCCAGUGACUGCCCCACCCGGCAGCUUUAGGGGUCCAAAGUCCAAGCCAGCUCUGGCCUGUGAAACUCAUACAUAGACGAAUUAGUGAGUGGGGGCAAGCCUGGGAGCUCCUGGUGCCAGGAAGAGACUCAAGCUGGACCCUUCCCCACAUAUCCUAACCCCUUCCCCCACAGGCUCUGCCCCCUCCAUGCUUGGACACUGUAUUCAUGUCCUACUUACUUACACACCCACAGUACUCCAGGCCAGUCUGUUGAGGGAGGGUGCUGUUGACACCAGCUGUGGCCAAUGGCUGAACUGUCCUAAGGGGUGGCUGGGAGCAGAGUCCGGCUCCCAUCGAUCAGCCCCAGGCAGGGGAUUUGGGACAGGAAGGAGGCCCAGAUUGUGCCCAGAGGGGUCUGCCUCAGGUAGGGUCAUAAGCAAACCCAGGUGACCCUCUUGUCCCUGCCAGCAGCUUCUCUCAUCCUUCCCAUUCAGGGCCCAUUCCCUGGUGGGAAAAACUGAGAUCCAUGCCUGAACCAUCAGUGACAAAGGCAUCCAUGUCCCCACACCCCUGCUCCCUACUUCCUCAUCAAGCACCAAGUCCUCGCUGAUGCCCAUGGGCUGGGGCCUGUGCUGUAGUCGAGGGCAAGGAGCAUCCGUCUAACAAGGCCAGGGCAUAAUUUGCACUCCCUUCAGCUAGAUACACAGACUCAGCAAUAAAUCUUUGCAUCAGGCCCCAGCUGUCCUUUCUUGGGGGGAGGGGGAGAGUGUUAAUGAUCAUGAGUCAUGCAAAUUUAUUAAGUGCCCAGUGCUGGGCUGGACAUG